AUGUAUAAAGUGCCUGUGUCUGUGGGCAAGAGAUUUUGUAAAGACUUUCUCCAGGUGAUAGGAGUUCCUCAGCCCAUCCUGAAGGAAGAGGACGCCAUGAUUGCUUUGUUGGUGACCCUGCUCAUUGUUUGGUACACCCUGGUUCUAGGGGUCAGCUUGUGGAUUGUCAUACAACAUUGGCUGAUUAUUGAUGUUCCACCUGCCAUUGGCCACCCAGUGAACUUUCGGAUUGUACACUGCCUCAGCCACCUGACAUUCAGAUGGGGGUAUAUACUUGAGAAGCUAAAAAUUUGCUCCAUGGCCAGAUUCUGUCAAUUACUACAGAACCUACUUGCCAUAGGAAAGGACUCUGACGUGGUGGUGACCAACCUGCGUUUCGGGACGAUCCCUGUGAGGCUGUUCCAGCCGAAGGCCAUGUCCCCCGGUCCUCGUCGAGGCAUUGUCUACUACCAUGGAGGGGGUACAGUGGUAGGCAGCUUAGAUAUUUACCACAAUGUGUGCAGUUUCCUGGUCAAGAAGACAGACUCAGUGCUGCUCGCAGUGGGGUAUCGCAAGCUUCCUGACUGCCAUUACCCGACCUGUGUCCAGGAUUGCCUGAAUGCCACCAUCCACUUCCUGAAGACACUGAAAAUCUAUGGGGUGGAUCCCUCCCGGGUUGUGGUCUCUGGAGACAGCUCUGGAGGUUAUAUUGUGGCUCUUGUCACUCAGGCCUUGGUGGGCAGAACAGAUCUUCCAAAGCUCCGGGCUCAGAUCUUGAUUUACCCAGUUGUUCAGUUCAUCAAUUUGCAGUUACCAUCAUUUCAACAGAACAAAAAUGUCCAACAUUUCCUUACCCGAGCUAUUUCAUGGUACUUCCAAUAUUUUAGAAUUGACCCCUGCUGGGAAGAUGCCUUGUUGACAGGUGCUUCUAUUCCUGCCAAUAUUUGGGAGAAGUAUAAGAAAUGGUUGAGCUCUGACAAUCUCCCUGAAAGGUUCAGACACAAAGACUACAAGCCUGAAUUUCUCGCCCCUUUUAAUGAGGCUGCCUAUCUGGAAACCAGACAUCUUUUUGAGGCAGACUAUGUCCCCCUCCUGGCAGAUGACCAGGUUAUUGCUCAGGUUCCUGAGGCCUUCUUAGUGACCAGUGAGUGGGAUAUUUUCCGAGAUGAUGGCCUGCUGUAUAAGAAGCGCUUGGAAGACCAGGGGGUCCCUGUGAGCUGGUACCAUGCAGAAGAUAGUUUUCAUGGAUGCAUAAUAUUAUUUGAUAGCAAGCUUUUCUCUUUCCCCUGUUCAGAGAAGGUUAUGACUGCUAUAGCCAAAUACUUAACAGAUAUAUGA